ACAGCGAGUCUCCAGCGGCACUGCUAGCAUCACAGCACUCUGGCUAAUAGAGGAAAUACAAGCUAGUCAUGUCUUUUGGUCAUAGACAGGCAGCAUAUUUUGCAGGAGUAAAAAGGAUUCAUGAUUUCGUUUCUGGACACCCUGAUAUUGAAGGUUUUAUACAUGAAAGUGUUCUUGCUCAACUGCAAGACGUACGAUUUUAUGAGAAUUUCACCAAAGAUGACUGGAAGGACUCUAGUGAUGAUGAUUCAUAUUGGGCCCAAGAAAGUGAUGCAGAAAGGAAGGCUGGAUCAUUAUUAGAUGAGAAGAAAAUUAAAGAGAAGGCAGAAAAGAAGCGCCUGAAAAAACAACGACAAAAAGAAAGAAAACGGCUUGAAAAGCAACAGAAUGCUACACAAGAUGAUAAGAUUAAGGAUACAACUUCAGAAAUAUGUAACACGGAUAAAGAAUAUUUAAACCUUAGAAAUAUGGCUUCAUCUUUAGAUGCCGAAAGCAGUGACAACAUUUCAGAUGGAUCCGGUAAUGAAGAUGAGGGAUUGGAUUUGACAAGUAGUUUUGUUACUAAAGCUGCUGAAAUUGCUAAACGUCAGUUAGAGCAAAAACAGGAAAUCAAAGAUAAAAAGAAGUCUCCAGUUAAAGAAGCCAAAACUCCAGAAAAGCCACAUGAAGCAAAUCAUGAUGUAAAUAAGCCAUUUUCCAGCCCUAAAAUGGAGGACUUUGUUAAAAUAAGUGCUGAAUUUGCAAUGUUUGGUAAUAAACUAGCUGCUGCCGGAGAUUAUAAAAUGGCUGUUAAGUAUUUCACAGAUGCUAUUAAAUACAAUCCGACAGAGUAUAGGUUAUUUGGAAAUCGCGCAUUUUGUUUUGAAAGAAUGCAAGAGUAUGAGAAGUCUUUAAGUGACGCACAGUUGUCUCUGAGUAUGAGUCCUGGCUGGGUUAGAGGGCUGUUUAGAAAAGGCAGAGCACUGGCUGGGCUCAAGCGGUACGAGGAGGCAGCCUGUGCAUUCAUGGAGAUUAUUGAAUUAAACGGCUCUAGCCCAGAAGCAGCUCAAGAACUGAUGAAUGUACAAAUUUCACAACUAAUGGUGAAUGGCUUUACUCGGGAACAGAGUUCAAAUGCUUUAGUAAUCCAUGGGAAUGUAGAAAAAGCUCAGGAAGUGCUGUCAAAGUUGAACAAACUACAGGUGUCCCCACCUGCCCCUGUCCCAGUGCAACAGGUGGCCAACAUGACUGGAGUAUCCCCAGGCCUUUCCGCCAAAGCGGCUGCUGCUCCCUGCCCUCUUCUUCCUCCAGCCCAGGAUGCAUCAAAGACCCACCCUCCUGAGAAAAAGCCUCUUAUCCCAGUCCAGAACCAGCAAAGCCAGCCCAAACCAAAUGCCCCUGUGGCCCUGAAGUCCAGUCAUGUAGCACAAGCACCAGAGCUGUUUCCAGUGUGGGUGGGAAACUUGUCUCUUUCUGUUACUGAAAACUCAUUAAGAAAUCUUUUUAACAAGGUUGGAACAGUUUAUAGUAUUAAACAACUUCCUGCUAAACGCUGUGCUUUUAUUAACUAUACUCAACAGCAGCACUGUGACGAUGCAAUUUGGAGAUAUCAUGGAUUUGAGUUAAUGGGCUCUAAGCUUGCAGUGAGAUACCCAGACCGGAUCCCCCCUGGUCUGAACAUAUCCAAAGCAGCCCACAUAUCUAACAAUAUACCAGAUGACAUUUUAAGGCAUGAUCUAUAUGCAGCUGGGAGAAAUGGCAAACCUUAUCACAACUAUAGAGAUCCACACAAGUAUUGACAGUAGUGCUGAAUUAUAGUAUAAUUUUACUGCAGCACGAACAAUCCUGCCACAACUAUUUACUUUUUCAUUUAAGAUCACUUCUGUUUUUUAAAUGGUGCCAACAUUUGAGUAGAUUUUUAAGUAUUCAUUUUUUAUGUUUUAGAUGGACAGUAUUAUAAUUAUCAAUGCAUUGCACUAUAAGUAUGAGUAUAUUAGUGUAAACUUCACUUUUGAUUUGUUGUACCAAGAGAAAUGGGUUGAAGACUAAUGUCCUGGAAAAUAUUUACAUUUCAAUCCUAAAUAAACAAAUGUUCUUUAUUUAAUUUUAUUCUUUUAGGUUUUAGUGCGUUAUGUUUUAACAAAAUCAACUUUGAAUCAGGUGUUUUGCAUUUACUUUUCAUUGUCAUAAAAAUACAUCGGAAUUGUAUCACGAUUACGUUUAUUUAACAAAUUGAUGUUUUGAUCUUAACCAAAAUUCAUGAAAUUGUGGAUUUCUGAUAAAUGGAGCUACCAACUUGUACCAGUAGAGGGCAGUACAUACCAAUAACACCCGUUUGUUCCUGCGUAUUUUCUUUUGUCUUGAUCAACUAACAAAUAUGUAUUUUUAUGAAAUACAUACUGGCUAAUAGAUACUGUGCAACACCAAUGUGAUUAUGUGUAAGACAUUACGAGGCAUAAGCUGUGUACACUGUUAAUAUCAGUGGUUGUUUUUCCAAUAAAAUCAGUAUUCAUAUUUUU